AUGAACGUGCUGGCCGAUGAGCCGGGUAACCCAGCUCAUGCCAUCUUUGAGAGGUUCCUGCGUGCCGGGGAGUGCCGGGAGGUGCUGGGCUGCUUCAGGGAGCUGUGCCAGUGCCUAGGGCUGCUGUGCCAGUGCCUGGGGCUGCAGGGCAGCGGGCUGCAGCUCUACCACAGCCUCAAGGCUGCCCUCAACUACUGGAGUGCCAAGGCCCUGUGGAGCAAGCUGGAUAAAAAAGCUGGGCACAAGGACUAUGACCAAGGCACAGCCUGUGCUGCCACCAAGUGCCUGGUGGUGGGGGCCGGUCCCUGUGGGCUGCGGGUGGCCAUCGAGCUGGCACUGCUGGGUGCUCGCGUGGUGCUGGUGGAGAAGCGGGACUCCUUCUCCCGCAACAACGUCCUGCACCUCUGGCCCUUCACCAUCCACGACCUGCGGGCGCUGGGUGCCAAGAAGUUCUAUGGGCGUUUCUGCACCGGCACACUGGACCACAUCAGUAUCCGGCAGCUCCAGCUC